UUUUUUUUUCUUUACAACCUUCUUUCUCUCAAUAGGACCCUCAAGCUCUUUUUUCUUUUUUUACUCUCCCUCUCUUUCUUUGGAUUCAUUUGCCAUUUCGAGCACAUCAUGUCUGCACUCAAAUUCGCCGCAGAGAGAGCUGUCGCUAUUCACGCUGUCUUGACCGCAAGUAAGGUUUGUCAACGUGUCUUCACAAAGCUUGUCAAUGGCGAAACCAUCACCAAGAAGGAUAAGUCUCCUGUUACUAUCGCGGAUUUUAGUGCACAGGCAGUCAUCAACACUUUCCUGCACAACUCCUUCCCAGCAGAUCCAAUCGUUGGUGAGGAGGAUUCGAAAGAUCUUAGGGGUGAAGAGGGUCGUCCAAUGCGGGAAAAAGUCUUGGAACUUGCCAAUUCUGGUCUUGAUUCACCAUUGACGGAAGAAACGCUCAUCGAGGCGAUAGAUCGUGGCAUGUAUGCAGGUGGCGCUCAUGGACGUAUGUGGGCUUUGGAUCCGAUCGAUGGCACAAAAGGAUUUCUAAGAGGUGAACAAUUCGCAGUAUGCUUGGCGCUGAUUGUUGAUGGUCAAGUCGAACUUGGAGUGAUGGGUUGCCCCAACCUUCCUGUCGAUGUCAAAGAUCAGAACGGUGAGAAGGGAUGUCUCUUUAUUACUGUGAAAGGGCAGGGUGCCUUCCAGCGCAACUUUUCAUCAUUAACAGAGACCCCAAUCUCCAUGAGUGCGAUUCAAAGCCUGAAUGAUGCCAGCUUCUGUGAAAGUGUUGAGAGUGGACAUUCGAACCAGAGUGACUCUGCUCGGAUUGCACAUCUCCUCGGUAUUACGAAACCUCCUGUACGCAUGGACAGCCAGUGCAAGUACUCUACCUUAGCUCGUGGCGAUGCUGAGGUCUACUUGAGGCUUCCUGUGAAUGCAACAUACGAAGAAAAGAUUUGGGAUCAUGCUACAGGAAGUUUAUUGGUUUCCGAGGCAGGUGGCAUCGUAUCAGACAUUCAUGGCAAGCCUUUGGAUUUCUCAAAAGGCAGGACCUUGGCGACUAAUUCGGGCGUAGUUGCUGCACAUGCAAAGAUCCAUAACAAAGUCAUUGAAGCCGUUCAAAAGGUGCUCUUUCCAGAUGGAAAAUUGUAAUGCUCUUUCAUGAUGAUAGGAAGCUGUUUUGAUGAUUAGGAUGCAGGACGUUUAAAAACGAAUGCGGCGCUGAAUCCAGAGGACUGAGUGUGUUUAAGAUUACUUUUUGCUUUUAUACUACUUUUCACCACGAUAAUUGCUUUUGACUCCAAUAUAGAGUUGUUUUUUUUCUU